GAACCAUCGUCCAGAACGAGGAGGAGCUCUGUCGUCAGCGCAGACUGCUGGAUAGCAGCUGGAACCCGCAGCUUCAGCUGCACAUAGUUGUCUCGUAAGUUAUUGGCGUGGGUCCCUCCGGGAAAUAAAGCAGAGGCGCCAAGUCCUCCCUCAGCAUUAUGCAAGUGAAGAGGAUCUGUGCAACCAACAGAGGAAUUUAAGAAUGGAACAGGGGGAACCAAAGCCUUGUCAAAUUAGAGAGGAACAUGGAGAACCAAAACCUCCACAGAUUAAAGAGGAACAUGAAGAACAAGAACCUUCACAGAUUAAAGAGGAACUGCAGGAACCAGAACCUCUACAGAUUAAAGAGGAACAAGUGGAACAACAACUUCCACAGAUUAAAGAUGAGCUCUUCAGUCAGGAGGAAGAUCAGCUUGAUCUGAAGCAGGAAACUGAUACCCUGAUGGAGAUUCCUAUUUAUGAGGAAAAUGAGAACAGUGAAGCAGAUCUUAAGAAUCAGCAGAGCUUUAAUGUAACUGAUAGUCAGGAUGAAGAAGGAAACCAACAUGAAGAAUCAACAUCAACUACAGAUCAUGACACAGACCCACAGAACAGAGAUCAGAAGAAGAGUUUUAGUUAUUUAUCUCAUCUCAAAACACACAUGAGAACUCAUACAGGAGAGAGGCCUUUUUCUUGUAAAGUAUGUAAAAAAGAUUUUCGUUAUUUAUCUCAUCUCAAAAGACACAUGAAAAUUCACACAAGAGAGAAGCCUUUUUCUUGUGAGGAAUGUGAUAAAUGCUUUAUUCAAAUCUAUGAUCUCAAAACACACAUGAGAACUCACACAGGAGAGAAGCCUUUUUCGUGUAAGGAAUGUGAUAAAAGUUUUAGUUAUUUGUCUAGUCUCAAAACACACAUGAGAACUCACACAGGAGAAACCCCUUUUUCUUGCAAAGAAUGUGACAAAGGUUUUACUUAUAUUUAUGAUCUCAAAGUACACAUGAGAACUCACACAGGAGAGAAGCCUUUUUCUUGUGGAGAAUGUGGUAAAAGAUGUAGUAAUUUAUCUGAUCUCAAAAUACACAUGAGAACUCACACAGGAGAAAAGCCUUUUUCUUGUAAAGAAUGUGAUAAAAGUUUUAGUUGUGCAUCUAAUCUCACAACACACAUGAGAACUCACACAGGAGAAAAGCCUUUUUCUUGUAAAGAAUGUGAUAAAAGUUUUACUUGUUUAUCUAAUCUCACAACACACAUGAGAACUCAUACAGGAGAGAAGCCUUUUUAUUGUGUAGAAUGUGAUAAACGUUUUAGUCAUGUAUCUGAUCUCAAAAAACACAUGAGAACUCACACAGGAGAGAAGCCUUUUUCUUGUAAAGAAUGUAAAAAAUAUUUUAAUCAGACAUCUAGUCUCAAAACACACAUGAGAAUUCAUAAAAUAGGAAAGCCUCUUUCUUGUAAAAAAUGUGAUAAGAGUUUUAGUUGUGUAUCUAGUCUGAAAACACACAUGAGAACUCACACAGGAGAUAAGCCUUUUUCGUGUAAAGAAUGUGAAAAAAGUUUUCGUUUUUUAUCUCAUUUCAAAAGACAUAUGCGAACUCACAGGAGAGAAGCCUUUUCAGUGUAAACAAUAUAAAACAAGUUUUUAUGAUGUAUUUAGUCUCAAAUGACCCUUUUUGUGUAAAGUAUGUGAUAAAAGUUUUAGUUAUGUAGUUGACCUUAGAACAAGAGGACGCAUGGAGAAGAGAAACUGGUCAGCUAUCAAAGCAGCCUGAUCUUUCAUUAGAUGUACAUAGGCUGAUGGCCUCCAGACCACAUUGAUGCAGUUACUCAGUAAUAAGGAGGCAGAAGUGAUUAUUGGAUGCAUUGAAGUGAACAGUUUUUCUGAAAUGUGACAUGAGUCCUGAAAACAUUUUUUUAUUCUUCUGACUUCUGAGACAAUAUUUUUAGGUGUUUGUCAUCUAUACGCCACUAUGAUCACAUAUCUCAAAAAAGGGAUUGUGUAUUGAUUCUAAACAUAAUGGAGUUUCACUUUUUAAGAUAUUUAACUUCAUGAAAUUCAUAGAUUUGAUUUUUAGAGAAAUGUUGAUAAUGUUCCGUUUUUGUUGGUUAAUAUUUUUUGGUAGAUUUUUGUACUUUUGUGAUAUUGUUAAAAGUUUUUGAGUUAAACAUUGUGUUUGUUUUUUAUGUAAGGGACACUGACAGACUCAGUGUGCAUUUUUCUACACCGUGGAAGUGUGUUCCCUUGCUUCUGUAAAAUGUGUUAAUUUCUCUUAACGCACAUUUUGAAGACCGUUAACCUGCUUAUACCAUGGCCACUUACAAAAAGAAUAAAUAUUCAAUCAGUUUUUGGUAGUUUAUUCUUGUUAUUUUUUGUAUUUAAAUUGUGUUUUUCACAAAAAGGGGACUAUUUGUUACAUGAUGUGGUACAUUGUUACAGUAACAUAAUUGCAUCGGCGGAGCCGGCACUGAAUUUGGCUACAGCAGCAAACAAAAAUGUGGUAAAUGAAGCAUCAGCUCAGAGAUAAAGUUCGCAUCUUACCCCUAGUUUUUUUCCAGAUGAGGAAGCUAAAGGUGGUGGUAAAGAUGCCAGUGCAGUUAUAUAGAACAUUAAAUCUAUGUGACCGGAACUUCAUUUUUAGGCCUCCGGUUAUGACUGGAAUAUCACUUUUUAUUCUACACCCAGCAGUCAAUCAGAAUCAAGUAUUUACCGAGACAGUGGUAUAAGCUAAAACAAUGUUGUCUAAGUCUAUGUGUUACCAUGGCGAAACUAGAAUUAUUCUAUACAUCUCUAAAUCUAACACUAUGUGGUUCGUGAACAUUUCAAUAUUGUUUUAAAUAUAAAAAUAUAUUGUUUAUAUUUUGUUUAGUCUUCCAAGCAAAUAAAGGUUUAUUUAAGAAAGAAUUAAGUAAAAAUGUAUUCAGGAAGAGGCGGAUAAAGAGCCAGAAUGGUGUUUGUGUCUGGGGUUCUUGUGAUUCAUGUUUUCUAUUAGAACUGUUCCUCUGUUCUUUUUGGUUCUCAGUGUUCUGUUCCAAUCUGUGAAGAAUAAAGUGGACAUGAACAUCG